GGAUAUCGAGCGAUAUCAAACAUGCGUGUCAGCAGUGCCGUGUCUCUAUUCUUCGUCGCUGGAGCAGUGUGCAACGCUACCCCAACUUCUUACAAGGACCUCGAGAUUGAAAUCCCGAAUUCUGCGUCUCGAGACCUUUUCGAGGCUGGCGAGCAGUUGGCCAAGUUGGCAGCUUUCGCACAGGAAUCCACAAAUCAAAUCCUUGCUGCAGCAGCAGCAACCGACGGUAAUCAAAACAAGGGGAUUUGUAAUAUAAACAACGUCGCGGUCAGGAAAGAAUGGGGCGAUCUCUCCCACAAAGAGAGAAAAGCAUACACCGACGCGGUCAUUUGUUUACAGAGCAAAAAAGCCCGAACGCCACCUUCUUUGGUUCCAGGAGCUAGGUCGAGGUUCGACGACUGGGUCGCGGCUCACAUCAACCAAACCCAGACAAUCCACUACACCGGUAUUUUCCUAGCCUGGCACCGCUAUUUCACCUGGGAAUAUGAACAAGCCCUCCGCAACGAAUGCAACUACACCGGCUACCAACCAUACUGGGACUGGACCAAAACCGCCGCCACCGGUCUCGAAACGUCCCCGAUCUUCGACGGCAGCGAGUUCAGCAUGUCCGGGAACGGCGAACACAUCGCGAACCAAAGCGCCUACGUUGUUCUUGGCGAUAGCAACGGCGUCGACGAGAUCAUAGCGCCGUCCGGAACCGGAGGAGGCUGCGUGACGUCCGGCCCAUUCAAGGAUAUGACGGUGAAUCUGGGGCCUGUGCAGCUGCUUCUUCCAGGGAAUCAAACUAUAGCGAAUGGCGACGGCUUGUCGUAUAACCCGCGCUGCCUGAAACGCGAUCUCACGUGGGAGAUCAAUAGGCGAUAUGCUAACGCGACGACGGUGGUUGAUACGCUGAUCAAGUCUGAUAUCAACGACUUCCAGUUGACGCUUCAGGGCAUGCCAGACACUGGAGAACUCGGUGCGCAUGGAGGAGGGCACUUUACAUUCGGAGGUGAUGCAGGCCGCGACCUGUACAUCUCGCCCGGCGAACCGCUUUUCUUCCUCCACCAUGCAAUGGUUGACCGCACGUGGUGGAUGUUCCAGAGCUUUGACCCUGCGACUAGGACGGGCGCUGGAGGCAUCGCGGGAACUGCCACGUGGUUGAAUGAGCCGGCGAGUGCGAAUACCACAUUGGAUACAGAGCUUGAUCUUGGUUAUGCUGCAGGUGAGGUGAGGAAAAUGAGCGAGCUGAUGAGCACUAUUGCGGGACCUUUCUGUUACAUCUAUUUGUAA